AUGUCUGAAAAAUUAAAGGAUUUUCAAGUUUUAGAUGUCUUCUGCGGCGGUACGUUCUAUAAAGUGAGACACAAGGUCACCAACAACAUUUUCGCGUGGAAGGCGUACGACUGUUCCGCGUUCAGUGAUGAACAAAUACAAAACGUAGUAAACGAAGUUAAAAUUAUAAGCCAAGUGUUAUCCGCUAACCUCAUACGAUAUUACGAUACCAUACUGCAUUCUCCAUCCAAGACGUUGUACUUUGUCCUUGAAUAUAAUUCGUGGCGUAAUGUUCAAGAAUUGAUCGAGGAAUGCAAGGCCACAGACAAGCACAUAGAGGAAAGCUUUAUUUGGCGUCUCCUGCACGAGUUGGCUCGAGUUUAUAAAUCGGUAGAAGAGGUGAACACUGUUGUGUUGCAGAAAUGCCUAACGCCAGAAUCAGUCUUUGUGAGCGAAAAUGGAGAACUUCGCAUCAACUGUUUCAAUUUGACCGCUACAGGCUCUACUUCAGACGUGAUGCGCCAAGUUGGCGAUUUAAUUCACACAAUAUGCUACACUCCUAACGCCUGUGACAAGAUAAAGGAAUUUCAUUAUAGUGACGAUCUUAGGGACGUCAUAAGCUUCCUCAUAGAAGACAGGGACUCCAUUCUACGACCUGAUGUUGUGCUAUAUCAUCCCACAGUGCUGGCCAAUUUAGGAACUCUGCCUAAUCCCACACAAAUGGGUCAGAUAUUGGUGUCAAAAGAAUUUCCACAAGUAUCCUCUGAAGUAAACAAAUGUGACUCUGAAAAAGCCAUAGAGUUAGGCAGGGCUGUAGAGCCUUUACCUAGGACUGUGUUCAAUGUAACAGAUAGUCCGAUUUAUUCUAACAUCAACAUCAAACAUAACUUUGGCUCCGAAAUUCAGGAAACACAUAUUGAUAGGAAUUCUCUUUCACCUAAUCUUGCUGCAUUGGCUUUGGAGCUCCCUGGAUAUGUCCCUCGCAUUAGAAAACCAUUUACUUCAGCUAUCACAGCCUACAACUGCCCACAGAAAAUAUCGGAAGAGACACUGAGUCAGCAAUGGAUGUCACGUCUGAUGGCUCUGCGUGAGCGUGAGGAGUCACUUAAUAAGAGAGAAAAAGACAUCAUAGCCAAAGAAAUUAUCAACAGUCCAAGCACUCAGAUAAUACCACUGAAUAACUCAAAUGAACUUCUGUUUGAAGAUAACAGUAAUGGCAUAACUCUGCCUCCACUGAUAACACACUUCAAAGAUAACAGUAGGGAUAUUGGACCUCGCCAGCGACGCCGACGGGCAUCAUCAGUGCGUUCAAGAGGGCGCAGGAAGAGCUAUGGGUAUGAAGACCUUGAUAGCUCACUGUCUGCUGAUACAGGAGAUAACAGCAUGAUUGUGACCAGUACAAAGUUCACUAAAGAUAAUAUGCCCCGACGCAACAUCUUUCCAGAUGUAUCUAACAAGCAUGUUCACUUUACAUCUAAUCCAUUUGUGGAGAGUGAUGAGAGUGUUACUCUGACUUAUUAUGAGCUGGAGAAUGCUGACAAAUCUUAUGGCAACAGUAAAGUAACAACAGACAUUACAAAGUUCAAGUAUUUGGAUCCAAUAAAAUUAAGCACAGAAAAGAGAGCUUCCAAGAACUGUAGUCACUCUUCUCCUUUGAAGCAGGCAAAAGUGACCAAGAACAUGUUAAGCAAUAACAUGCAUGUCACUAACAGCAUUAAAAAAACACCAUCCAAGACUAGUUUAAGUUCAAUGUGCUCUACCUCUUCAAGAUUCUCUACAGUACACAAUCAGUGGAGUGUUGAUUCUAUGAGUGUGAGUUGUGUAUCAGAUAAGUAUAGGAACUCAAAUCAAUACCCACAAACUCCAACAACACAACCUGAUUUGAAGAAGUCUAAAACUCGUAAGUCAUUACUGAACUUCAAAACUCCGUUUAAAUUUAGAACUACAACUAAAAUUUAGUUGGUAAUAUAAUUGAUAUUUUAUGGUGAAGGUGAUUACAACAUUUAAUUAUAGACAUCAUAAGUAGUUGGCAAUUAUUUGUAAUAGUAUAUAUUAAGUACUACAUCAUUGGAGCAUUAUAAUUUUGAUCUCUAAAUUAUGUAUGAAUAAAUUAGAUUUUUAAAUGUCUUUUAGCUUUUAAAUUUGGUUGUGGUUAUAGUUCAUAAGCAAUAUUAAUAAUUUAGUAAUGUUUCAGUGCUUUUCUUGGUAUGAUAUACCAUAUUAAGAUAGAAUAUUUGUAUAUUUCUUAAAACGGACACAAACCCACCCUAAUCUUAGAUUUAUAAGAGAGUUAUUGUUUAAACAAUACAUAUAAGUUUAUAUAAGGAUUAAAUAGAGUUGUUAGUAAUUAAGGAACAUUAUCACAUAGGAUAUUUGCAUAAGUAAAUGAAAGAUAUGAUUAUAAAACUAUAAUAAUAAAUUUGUAAAGCGUAAGGCCUAAUCAAAGCAUAGUAAUAUGAACUUGGGAACAUAAUAUUCAACCUAGGCUGGCCAUAUUAUUAUUGUGUAAGUUUUUAGUCUUUUGUCUUCCAUUUAAAUUUGUGAUUUAAAAAUGACUUGUGUUGCCAUAUAUAUUUUAAAACUCUAUGAGAAAUAAUUAUAUACAGUAGGAGAGUUUAAUAUAGGAAUA